AAACAACAUUAUUAAAGAAGGGAAAUGUUAUCCCAGAAAAACUUCUUUUGCUUAUUCUGAAGCCUCAAAAAAAGAGAAAAACUAAGAAUUUCCUAUCAGUUCAUAAGCGUUUCUUUUUAUUUUCUCUUUUAACGCAGGGCAAGUUGUCACUCAUCAUGGAAGGCCAGAUGUCCAGAAAACAUUUUCCUCUGAAGUACGGUUGGAUCUUCCUGUUCUUGGCUUGCCUUGUUUUAUGGGUUAUGUUUUACAGUGAAAACAUCACUGAUCACAUGACCUGUAGAUUAUCAGAGUUAAAGAUGAACGUUCCCACCACUAAGGCUCCGACACCAAACAGCACAACAUUAAAACGUCCCACUGAGCCUCCUCAGCCAGUCAGCAUCUGCUCCUACCACUCUGUGUUACCAGAGGACGCUCUGGAGGUAGAACAGUUGAAGGAGUCCAUCGCCUGGCCUGAAACACCUUCCCUACCGUCUAACUUCUCUCUGAAUGACACCAGUGGUCCUGCUCACAGCACCUUCACCAUUCUGCCAAGAAACAGCGGUGGAGGUUGGCGAGUAGGGGAUCAGCUGGAGGUUCUGAUACAAAUCACUGACUUCCACGGCCGCCCCAAGUCAUCAGGGGGAGAUGUUCUGCUUGCUCGGCUGCACAACCCGACUCUUUUUGCAGGCGUUGCAGGGCGAGUGUUGGAUCAUCACAAUGGCUCUUACACUGCUGUGUUCUCUCUACUCUGGGAAGGAAGUGCACAUGUUGAGGUGACCCUGGUCCAUCCCAGUGAGGCGGUCACUGUGCUGGAGAGAAUCACCCAGCAGAACCCUGGCAGAGUUUCUUUAAAAGGCAUCUUCCGCUCUGGCUCAGUCACUGAAGCUACUGCUUGUAACGUGUGCCUCAAGGCGCCCCCCGAAAAGCUCUGCAACUUCACCGACAUCCGCACCGGCGAGCCCUGGUUCUGCUACAAGCCAAAGAAACUCAAAUGUGAACACAGAGUCAUUCACUCAUUUGGAGGAUUCGGUCUGAAACUAAAGCCAAUGGAGGACCAGCUAUUUCAAAGGGGUGUCAACAUGAAAGUCUUAAUUCAAUCAUCAGGGCCUUCAAACAUCACUAUUUUACCCAAACUAAAAGUUCUGAAUGAAACAGUUCCCACAAACACAUCAGGGGGAAGUGUGAACGCUCAACCUGCUGGUUAUUAUUACCAGGGGAUUUGGCGAGCACUAGAUGGCACCACAGUUCACCAGCUUACUAACAACUCUGCAAUUAGCCAGUGUUUGAGUGGCAAGGUGCUCCACCUGUAUGGAGACUCCACCAUCAGGCAGUGGUUUGAAUAUUUAAUCUCAGCAGCACCAGAUCUAAAGAAGUUUGACCUGAAAAGUCGAACGCAGACAGGACCUUUUAUGGCCUUGAAUUACGCUAAGAACAUCUUGGUGACGUUCCGCUGCCACGCUCCUCCCAUCCGUUUCGGUAACUUGCCGGUCAGUCAGGCACGAUACAUUGCCAACGAACUGGAUGGUUUGGUUGGAGGUGAAAACACGGCUAUAGUUAUUGGAGUUUGGUCGCAUUUCAGCACUUUCCCUGUUGAGGUCUACAUCCGGCGCCUGCUGAGCAUACGGAGGGCAGUGGAGCGGCUGCUGACCAGAGCUCCAGGUACGCUGGUCAUCAUCAGGACCGCGAACCCCAAAGCGCUGUCCCUCUACGAGACUCUGACCAACAGUGACUGGUUUUCUAUUCAACGUGACAAAAUACUCAGGACAAUAUUUAAAGGAGUGAAUGUCCGAUUUGUGGAUGCCUGGGAGAUGACCUUGGCCCACUACCUGCCACACAACCUCCAUCCACAGCGUCCCAUAAUAAGUAUCAUGCUAAAUGUUGUUUUAUCCCACAUAUGUUCUCCAGCAGGGAACUUUACAGAAACAAAAACGUUGUAGAAUAUAACCUGGUAAUUGGGUAACCAAUGGUGAUUGGUGACACUUGAUCUAUAUCACAUUAAAGACAUAUCAACCAGCAGUUCUGAAGAUGGAAUAAAAAUUAGCAACACAGAAGUAGGUAAAGGAAAUUUGAUGCUGGGAUGAAAUGGCCUCCAAGGAAACUUUGAAGAAAUACAAAUAGGUGGAGGGGUAGACGCAGUGGACCCAGGUUUGUAGAAGAUUUUAAUGAGUGACCUCACAGAAAACCAGGCAGCAUACUUAAACUAAGAGACAAGGAACUCAACACUGGUACCACUGGCAACGAGGACAAAUGACGGCAAAGACAAUGACAUGUGACAGGACAAGGAGCCGGGAACACAGGUGGGAUUAAAUACACCAGGGGCAAUCAGGGAACACGAGACACAGCUGGGAGCAACCAAGGGCAGACAGACAACACA